AUUCCACCGCCCACCACAAUCCCUUGGUUUUUCCCUCCCAAAUCCCGCGAUUUCUAUCAAUCGCUCGCUGCCUCUAUAGUCUCUAUCCCUUCCUUCCUCGCGACGGCGGGUUCCCUCCGAUCUCCAUUAACAAUGUCAGCCGAGUCCGCCUCUGCGAUCUCCAAAGGCCAAGUUGAUUUGCAUGACUCCAUCAACUGGCCCGAAGUCGAAUGCCUGAACCAGAAAACCAAUCGCCCCAUCAGCAACGCCCUCAAGCAGGGAUACAGAGAAGAUGAUGGAUUGAGUCUUGUCAGUGAUACUGAUGAGCAGCUUCUGAUUUACAUACCAUUUAAACACGCUGUUAAACUUCAUUCCGUUGUUGUCAAAGGCCCCAAGAAAGAAGGCCCUAAAACUGUGAAACUAUUUGCUAAUAAGAAACACAUGGGAUUCAGGUGAGUUUCCAACCUGUGAUUUUCUUUCCAUGAUAGAUUUUUGGGUUGGAAAAGUCUCUUUUCCUUUCUUAUUAAUGUCAUUUUUUAAAAAUUUGGUUCACUUAUGCAGUAACGUUACUGACUAUCCUCCAAGUGACACAGUUGAUUUCUCUGUUGAUGAUCUUAUGGUAUGUUUAGUUUUGACUUUUUAGAAAUUGUUCUUGUUCUUGAUUAUAAAAAGGAUGGAUAAAGCAUUUGAACCUGUUAAGCAAAUUUUAAAAAAUAAAGCUAGAUUGCUAUU